CAGUUUUGUGUUUAGUUUCCACAGCGAUACACAACAGAAUUGUUUAUUGGCAUUCGCGGUGCGAACAAGCAUCGAAAAGCAAGUGCACCAGAAAUGCAAGUGAUCUACUUAAGAUGCCAAAGGAUGAUGGCCCAAAACUGAAAGAUGUUCGUUCCAUUGACUGAACGUGAAAGACAGCAGUUCUUCGCGCAAAACAGCAAUUCGUUUAUACCGGGGUAUACGGGACAUUGCCCGACGCUUCGGUUCCAGUAUGGGACCUCUUACGGCGCGAAAACCAAAGAAAUCCUGCAAGAGAUGAAGAAUCAUCAGCAUGAGAACGGUGGCCCAUGUUUCGGGAGCACGGUCUUCGAGCCGACUAUUAGGAAGGAAAGAGCUCAAAUGGAAAAUCUCAGUCCUCCGUAUAAGACCAAACCGUACAGAUACAUCAUUGGAUAUACAGGGUUCAUACCUACAUUGAGUUUUCGUUAUGGUGAAUCGUAUGGAAAAGCAGCAGACGAGAGUAUGAACGAGUUCGAGAAGAAGCAAACAAAGUAUCGCGAUGAGCAUCACGACUUCGAUAGGAUGCGAGCGCAGAGCGCCCCGAAAUUAACAUCAAUUCGCCACAAAGAUGAGGUCGACAGGAUAUUAAAGCACAGCCAAGAGAACAAAAAGUUUAUAGAUAGGAAAGUUUCACCGGAGUUCCCACCGAUCGCCGGAUACACAGGCUACAUACCAAAAGUCAAAGGGAACGAGGAAUCAUUGUCGCAAAGAUACAACACGGUUGUGAAACGAGGACUGACCCUUCUCAAACAAGAGAGGGACGGUCGUCAGUACAUCAACAAGGCCAAGAAUAAAGUCCGCGACAUAGUGGACAACUACAAAUAAAGCGAAUCCAAUUAUUAUUUACAUAAAAAUAAUACGUUUGAGGAUUUGCAUAAAAAUAAGGCACCGUACAAAGAGAUGUCGACGUUUCCCCAGUGGAAAUAUCCGAAAACUCUCGUUACCAAGCAACUUUAAUUUUUAUUCCACUCCACUAUUUAUUGAAUAAAGUGACACUUCCAUAUUUUUUUUUA